AUGACUAACAAAGUUUCUCCAGAUCAAUCAAUACUAACCGCUAGUGGAGUUAAUCAUGAGCUGAUCUCUGCUAUACUCGAAGGUAAAUAUUCAGAUAAGCAACCCGAUCCUUCAACCGGCCAACAGCCCCUAUUAAGCACCAAUCACUCAACAGUGCAUGUACAUAAAAAUACCUAUGACGCAACAAAUAUCGAUAGGACAGAAAGAGUCCAAUCACGCCCAAUAUUUGGCAUCCGAUUUAGUACAUAUCUAAAAAUCCUCGCAGUCUUGAUUAUAAUAGUGUUAAUCGUUGGAGUGUGUGUUUGGAUACACUUCAAUAUCCAAGAGAUAAACAAAACACGGCAAACGAAUCUGCCAGAAGAUAGUCCGUUGCGAGACUCUGAAAUGAGAGAUAGAAUCAUAAAUGAUCUAAAGAAACAGUAUCGCCGUCCAGGAAGUAUGAUUCCACAGCCAUGGCUCCAAUUUCCUGCAAUUAAGCCAGACAGUCUAUCAAGUGGGACCAACCCUAUUGUUUCCGGCAAUCGACUAGCACCACGGCCUAUAUAUAUACCUUCAGUAUAA